AUGGCGUCACCGUCGUCCCCAACGUCGUCGUGCAGCUCCUCCUACUCCUCGUCGUUUUCGAACGCCAAAUUCUCGUCUCUUCCAGUAAUGGCGCUCCGCGAAAAAAUCGUGGAGAAAAUUCUCGAUAAUCGCGUCACUCUCAUCGUCGGCGAGACUGGUUGUGGUACACUCCCUACUCUCUUACUCCGCACGGUUCUGCGGUUUAACUAUCGCGAACUAUUUCGUACUUCGUCAUGUAUUCUCUAUUAUGCAGGCCGUUUGGUUCCCGAGAAAACUGAGAAGAAAAAUAGUGCGGUGUUCACAAAACGCCGCAUUUGCUUUCUAAUUGUUAUUCGGAAAAGCUCGCAAGUUCCGCAGUUUCUUCUAGAGGCGAAUUUGAAGCCCAUUCUAUGUACACAGCCUAGGAGAUUCGCCGUAGUAGCUGUUGCUAAAAUGGUGGCAAAAGCUCGAAAUUGUGAAAUUGGUGGAGAGGUUGGAUAUCACAUCGGCCAUUCAAAGCACUUAUCACCAAGGUCUUCGAUUGUUUUUAAAACUGCUGGAGUUCUAUUGGAUGAAAUGCGAGAUAAGGGGAUGCAUGCGCUUGAUUACAAGGUCAUUGUUCUUGAUGAAGUGCAUGAAAGAUCGGUGGAAUCCGAUCUUGUUCUUGUUUGUGUGAAGCAGUUUAUGAUGAGGAAUAACAACUUGAGGGUGGUUUUGAUGUCUGCAACUGCUGAUAUUGCAAGAUACAGGGAUUACUUUAAGGAUCUUGGCAGAGGUGAACGAGUGGAAGUGCUUGCAAUCCCUACAUCCAAUCAGAAAGCCAUAUUUCAGCGAAGGGUUGCUGAUCUUCUCAAUAUCGACUCAGAGCCGCUUUCUGAUAGUUAUUGUUCAGGUCCAAGUCCUUCUAUGGCCAAAGCUGAUAUUAAGGCUAAAGUGCACAAACUUAUUCAUGAUUUGGUGUUGCAUAUUCAUGAGCAUGAACCAGACAUUGAAAAGAGCAUUUUGAUUUUUCUUCCAACAUACUAUGCACUGGAGCAGCAAUGGUUCCUUCUGAAGCCAUUUAGUUCAUCUUUUAAAGUUCACAUUUUACAUAGCAGCAUUGACACUGAACAAGCUCUCAUGACUAUGAAGAUUUGGAAAUCCCAUCGUAAAGUUAUACUGGCUACAAAUAUUGCAGAGUCGUCAGUAACAAUACCCAAGGUGGCCUAUGUUAUUGAUUCAUGCCGAUCUUUACAAGUUUUUUGGAACAGUUAUCAGAAAAAGGAAUCUGCAAAGCUUGUUUGGGUUUCUAAGUCUCAGGCCGAUCAGCGUAGAGGGAGAACUGGUCGAACUUGUGAUGGCCAGAUUUAUCGGUUGGUUACUAGACCAUUUUUCAUCCAGUUUGACGAAUACGAGGGUCCCUCUGUACUGAGGUUAUCAUUGCGGCUGCAAGUGCUUCAGAUCUGCUGUGCUGAAUCUAAGGCCAUUAACGAUCCCAAAGGUUUUGAUAAUUUGCUUUACUCUCAUUGGAGUGAUUCAUCACUCAUCAGGAAAAAAGAAGAAGAUUUCUUUAGUCUUUGUAUUGAUAUGCCAAACAAGGGAUUCCAUCUAGUUUUUGGAAGGAUGAUACAUGGAGCUUUGGUGUCAGCUUUGUUGCAGAAGGCUCUAGAUCAACCACAUCCUGAAGUUGUUGAAGAUGCGUUGGAUUUGCUUGUUCAUAUGCAAGCAUUAGAAAAAACAUCUCCAAGGGGCCGGUAUGAGCCGACAUUUUAUGGGAGGUUGCUUUCCAGUUUGUCAUUGUCUUUUGAUGCUUCUCUGGUUGUACUCAAGUUUGGAGACAUUGGAAUGCUGCGUGAAGGCAUUCUUCUGGGCAUAUUAAUGGACACACAACCUCUACCUAUCCUUCAUCCUUUUGGAGAUGAAAUUUUGUUUGCAGAAUAUGCUGACAGCUACUUUUGUGGAGAUGAUGGCAAUACUGGCCUAAAUGGUAGGAAGGAGAUGGUAUUCAUGGCAAACUUGUGUGCAUUUCAAUUUUGGCAACGUGUUUUCAAGGAUAACCACCGUGUUGAGCGUUUGAAGCAACUUCUUAAGUUUGAUGAGAUGAAAGCUACUGCGUUCCGGCUUCCCAAGAUUGAAGAAGAUUGGUGCUCUUCCCAUAAUCUUGUGCAGUCGUCACUAAAACAUGUAUCUGAAAUAUAUGAAGAUAUACUAGAUUCAGUGCACCGGUAUCGGCCCAAGUUUUUGUCUACAUCUAAUGGCCUUCCAUCCUACUACGAUCCUUAUGAAUUUGAGCAUAUAUGCCUCCCUACAUGUCAACAACCAAAUGAAGAUACAGAUGCUCUUACUACAGAUGAUAAGCACCUUGAGCCAUCUAGUGAAACAAUGAAAUGUGUCGCUGUACCUUUUGUUGCUCCAAAUAACUUCCAAAACAAUGAUGUGGCAAAAAAGUUGGCAACCAUAAUCAAACAGAUACGAGUCCAACAUACAGAAGAUUUAUCUAGUAAUCAGGAUUUAGAUGUUGAUGAUGGCUAUCAUGUCAAUGGGGAGGCUUCUAUUUGUAUAUAUUUUGUUAAUGGAUCCUGCAACAAGGGCAGUCAAUGCCUGUUUUCUCAUUCACUUAAAGCAAAGAGACCCCCAUGCAAAUUUUUCUAUUCUGCCCAGGGUUGUCGAUAUGGAGCGUCAUGCUUCUUUUCUCAUGAUGAGAGUUCAUCAGUGACAUCAUCUAACUCAACUUUAUGCCUGCCAGAAGGUGGAGAAGCCAAAGCUACAUUGCUUAUACGAUUGUUGCCCGCUGAUGGAUGCAUUCUCUUAUUGGAUGACACCAAUCUACAAUUUUCCUCAAAUUUUGCUAGACAUUAUGAUCCAUCAAAAAUAGUUUCUACCACUAGUUUGUCAGACACAUCCAUAUUUGACUCAUCACUGACUGGUGUCAAAAUUUUGUGGGGGCUAUAUCAUCCAUAUGAGACAAUCAUUUCCAAAGCAGGGGAGAGCCAAAUCCCAUGGAACGAAGUUAAGUGUGUGCUAUGGUUUCCUAAUUUCGAUAGCUACAGUGAGAACUUAGAUAGACAGAAGCUUCUCUUGCAGAAUUUCUUCGAGUAUCUUGCCGUCCGAAUGCUGGCUGAUGACUUGGACAAUGUGCGAGUUAUUCUCACUAUGAACAAUAUCAGGUUUGCACAGCUGCAGGUGGAAAAGUUGGGCAGGGAGAGCUUCUUCUUCCUUACAGAGUCAUUUCCAUUUGAUGACGCCAGCUUUGGGGAGUUGCCAGACAAAGUCAGCACAAAAAAGCCGUUGAUGGUUUCGAGGCCCAUUUCAUACGUUUUUGACUUGCACCCACCUUCAGACAUUCAGUUUGGUGACUAUGCAGCCGGACUUCACAGUUUUCUUCAUCAUGAGAUCCAGGAUGAUGUGUAA